CCCUCCUCCAACGUACAUAUUAAAUGUCUCUCCCCAAGCGGAUUAUCAAGGAAACCGAACGCCUCGUUGCAGACCCCGCUCCAGGAAUCGCUGCCCAGCCUCAUGACGACAACCUGCGCUAUUUCGAUGUGACCAUUGAGGGGCCUGAUGGGAGUCCGUUCCAGCGAGGUAUAUUCAAGUUGGAAUUGUUCUUGCCUGAAGAAUACCCAAUGGCACCGCCAAAGGUGAGGUUCCUCACCAAGAUCUAUCACCCGAACAUCGACAAGCUCGGACGGAUAUGCUUGGAUAUUUUGAAAGAUAAAUGGUCGCCGGCGCUACAGAUCAGAACCGUGCUGUUGUCCAUACAGGCGCUACUAAGCGCCCCGAAUCCCGAUGACCCCCUUGCUACGGACGUGGCGAAGCAUUACAAGGAGAACGAGAAGGACGCGCAGAGGGUCAGCCAGGAGUGGACCCAGAAGUAUGCCAACCUUGAUUAGGCACUUAUGUUCUUUUAUGGAUUGCAGAGGAAGUAACAAGUAGCCCGUUCCAUUUACCCAAUGUCAUGUCGUUCUGUCUU